AACUUCGUAUCUAGACCUUGUCCAAUAUCCAAUUGGUCCAUUUUUCUUCAUUUCUUAGCUACCGACAUCUCUAUCUCUCAAUUUCUUCCUUCAAGAAGGCCUUAUAUUCAACUAAAAAUCAGAUUAGCCAUGCUAGAAGGCAAGGCAGUCAUUGGUGAGACUGACAUGCUUCAAACCAUGCAACAAGAUGCCCUUGAUCUUGCAGCCAAAGCCCUCGACUUCUUUGACGCCACUGACGCCACUGACAUAGCUCGUUUUAUUAAACAGGAAUUUGAUAGGAUGUAUGGACCAGGGUGGCAUUGCGUUGUGGGAAGAGAUUUUGGUUCAUUUGUAACUCACUGCUUUGGAUAUUUCAUAUAUUUUCAGGUUGGAAGCCUUUCAAUCUUGCUCUUCAGGGGCUCUGCUAGUUAUCCAGAACCUGAGAAAAAUCAGUUUGAACCCUUAGAACCAUUAGGGACCUUAGAUACAAUGAAAGCUUGAUAUUUCCUUUACUGUUCUGCUUUUCCGGUAACCCGCCUUGUAAAUGAAAGAGAAGAAAGCACAGGUUCUUCGCUAUUA